CCUGAAGCAUCGGUGGAAGUUCAUAAAGGAUAUUUACAACUCAGAGUAAGUUCCUCUGGCAUGUUCUUGGACUUUUCUCAUAAAGACUUGAAGGCAAAGACAGGAAAAUACAUUGUGUAAGUAACUGUUUAUAAACGGUAUAUGAAGACUCACAGCCAGAGCAAAAAGCCUGCGAGCAAGGAGAGCAUCUGGCACAGGAGCUGGGAAGCUGCGAGCCACGCUCCCACUCAGCUCCCGUGGGAGCUCGUCACACCUUCUCCCUCCUCCGUCCUAUGACUGCUAGUGUGGGCACUGCAACGUGGACAUGGGCACUGCUGUGGGACUGCGGUCUGCUGGGAGGAGGUGGGCUCUGGGCUCCCGUGGCAUCUGCUACCUGGGCAUCGCUGCCAUCGCAUGGGGCAUGGUGACACGGGUGGAGGUCGGUGCCUGGACAUACCACUACAGUGCUGAAGGGGACUACGUGUGGGAGCAGGCCAGGAACUUCUGCCAGACCUUCUUCACUGACCUGGUGGCGAUCCAGAACAAGCAAGAGAUCGAGUACCUCAACCAGAUCCUGCCCUUACACAGGCACUACUACUGGAUCGGCAUCCGUAAGCUGGGUGGCACCUGGACCUGGGUGGGCACCAGGAAGGCACUGACAAAGGAGGCGGAGAACUGGGCAGCUGGGGAGCCCAACAACCGCCGCUCCAACCAGGACUGCGUGGAGAUGUACAUCAAGCGGCCGCAGGAGUCGGGCAAGUGGAAUGACGAGCCCUGCAACAAGAAGAAAAAGGCACUGUGCUACCAGGCCUCCUGCCAGCCCUUCCCGUGCAGCCAGCGUGGCGAGUGCGUGGAGACCAUCGGGAGCUACCGCUGCGAGUGCUACCCCGGCUUCCACGGCCCUGAGUGCGAGGAUGUUGUGCGGUGCGCCGAGCUCAAGCCCAAGGGAGCGCGCAUGAACUGCAGCCAUCCCUACGGAGACUUCAGCUACAACUCCACCUGCGUGUUCGGGUGCCAGGAGGGGUUCGAGCGGCAAGGGGAGGGCACGCUGCGGUGCCUGCCUUCCCAGCAGUGGUCAGCGGAGACCCCCACGUGCACAGCUGUCACCUGCCCAGUGCUCAGAGCUCCAGACCGGGGAGAGCUGAACUGCUCCCACCUCCACGGGAACUUCACCUUCGGCUCCACGUGUGCCUUCUCCUGCCAGACGGGGUUUGUGCUGAUGGGGCCGGAGACCCGUGAGUGCACGGCCACAGGGACAUGGACAGGGGAUGCCCCACGGUGUGAAGCCAUCGCCUGCCCAGUGCUCAAUGCUCCAGUCCAAGGAAAGCUGAACUGCUCCCACCUCCACAGGGACUUUGCCUUUGGCUCCAAAUGUGCCUUUUCCUGCCAGACAGGGUUUGUGCUGAUGGGGCUGGAAAGCCGUGAGUGCACGGUCACAGGGACAUGGACUGGGGACUCGCCACGCUGUGAAGCCAUCACCUGCCCGGUGCUCAAUGCUCCAAACCAAGGAAAGCUGAACUGCUCCCACCUCCACGGGGACUUCACCUUUGGCUCCACGUGUGCCUUCUCCUGCCAGACAGGGUUUGCACUGAUGGGGUUGGAGAGCCGUGAGUGCACGGCCACGGGGACAUGGACGGGGGAUGCCCCACGCUGUGAAGCCAUCGCCUGCCCAGUGAUCAGAGCUCCAGUCCGAGGAGAGAUGAACUGCUCCCACCUCCACGGGAACUUCACCUUCGGCUCCACGUGUGCCUUCUCCUGCCAGGCAGGGUUUGUGCUGACAGGACUGGAGAGCCGCGAGUGCACAGCCACAGGGACCUGGACUGGGGACACCCCACAGUGCAAAGCCAUCACCUGCCCCGUGCUUAAUACUCCAAACCAAGGAAAGCUGAACUGCUCCCACCUUCAUGCGGACUUUGCCUUUGGCUCCACGUGUGCCUUCUCCUGCCAGACAGGGUUUGUGCUGAUGGGGCCGGAGACCCGCGAGUGCACAGCCGCAGGGAUUUGGACGGGGGAUGCCCCACGGUGUGAAGCCGUCGCCUGCCCAGUGCUCAGUGCUCCAGACUGGGGAGAGCUGAACUGCUCCCACCUCCACGGGAACUUCACCUUCGGCUCCACGUGUGCCUUCUCCUGCCAGACAGGGUUUGUGCUGAUGGGGCCAGAGACCCGCGAGUGCAUGGCCACAGGAAUGUGGACUGGGGACACCCCACGAUGUGAAGCCAUCACCUGCCCAGUGCUCAGUGCUCCAGACUGGGGAGAGAUGAACUGCUCCCACCUCCACGGGGACUUCACCUUCAGCUCCACGUGUGCCUUCUCCUGCCAGACGGGGUUUGUGCUGAUGGGGCCAGAGACCCGCGAGUGCACAGACACGGGGACGUGGACUGGGGACACCCCGCAAUGCAAAGCCAUCAGCUGCCCAGUGCUGGACCCCCCCAGUAGAGGCCAGCUGAGCUGCUCUCACGUGCACGGGAACUUCACAUACAACUCCACGUGCACCUUUUCCUGCAAAGAGGGGUUUCUUCGGAUGGGAGCAGAGGUGCUCCAGUGUGAGGCCACGGGGAACUGGACCAGGCAUCCCCCUGUCUGUGCCGAGGACGGUGCUCCCUUCUUAAAGCAAGUCCUGGCUUACAGCAGCGGUACAGCUCUGGCACUAGCCAGCAUCGUGCUCGCAGGGACGCUCAUUGCCCUCCUCGCCAAGCGGCUCAGCAACAGAGAGGAGAAGAAGAAGCUCCUAAACCCCACCAGUGACCUAGGAUCGCCCGGCAUCUUCACCAACGCAGCGUACGACGCCAACCUCUAAGCCCGGCCGUGACCAAAACCCACCCCGUCCCCCAGCGCUGCAGACCCACCAGGAGCUGCUGCCGGGGCCUAGAAGGACUUCACGCCUCUGGCUGCAGUCCGGAGCCAUGCUGCCGCAUGGAGACCGCACCCACGCCGCGUGUGCACCCCGCCCCGCGGAGUGGAGCUGCCUUCCUGCACCGCCCACGCGUCAAGACCUCUGAAGAGCAGCCCGGGGCCGUGGGCCACCUCCAUCGCCUGCUGCCAGCCCCCCCCCCACACACCCCCUCACGGAGCUGCCUCUCUCCCUACUGGUGUUCCUCCCACGGCUCCGCCCCCCUCCCCCCCCCCCCCCGCCCCACUCGUGCUUUUGGCGACGGGCUUGUGUCAGCAGGGCCUGAAUAAACGCCUCUGUCUAA